AAGCAACCCCAAGAUGGCCCCAAGAGGAGCACCGAGGAGGGAUUCCGACGUCACAGUUUGAAGCUGGGGGCCCAAGAGCCCCCGCCCUUCCUUCCACACCUCGAUCUAUGAGGCCAGAGGUCCCGGGGCCCGUUGUGUAUUGGAGAGCAGGAGAAGCAGGAUGAGGAGAUUAGGUGGCGUAACAGGGGGAGGAGGAGGAUGAGGAGUUUGAAUGCCCGUCCAGGCAACCCCGUCCCCGACGCUAGCUCCGACGGUAGCUCCGACGCCAGCUCCGACGCCGUCCCCGACGCCAGCUGCCGUCACGACCGCCCCGUUCAGUAUCGGUUCGACGAAUAGGUGCUCCGUCUCGUCCGACAAUGUGAUCUCGUUUUAUAACGGUGGUUGCUCGAUCGAUAAGCAAAUCACUUGGGACUUCACAGAUCAACUCGUCAUCGAGUUCAAGACACGCGGCUGCAAGGAGCAGGAUUGCUCGACCCCGAACGUGAAAGGUCCUGUUGAACCCCAUUGGUUCUUCGAGCCCUUCCGCAGCUCGUAUGCAGGGUCACGCCGCGAAGUUCCUGAUCUGUGGUGGAUUUCUCGCUCCAGCGACUACGGCUUUGGCGCUUAUGGUGGAUGGUCAGUGUCGGGCGGGAGCGGCGCCGGCCGCUCACCCAACACAAACGAGCCGUCCGACCCGACCCAAUGGCACACGUGGGCGAUGACGUUCACGACGGCGGGCAAUUGUGUCAAUCUCGUCAGCUGGUUGGUCGACGGCGUGAGCAAUGGCUUCGGUAGCGAUGCAGGAAACCCUGUCACGAUGUGUUCGGCGUAUGGCACGACCACAUGGCUCGGAUGGGCCUCGCAUGGCACGACCGCGUACGCUUACGUGAAGGAUUUGUCAAUUAACGGCGCAGGGCACAUUUCAGCGCCCGCCCAGGCGUCGACGCCAGCACCAACGCCAGCACCGACGAUGUCAUUGUCCUCCGCCACCGGCGAUCCACACUUGCAGAACAUGUUCGGUCAGCGGUUCGAUUUGGUGAGGCCAGGCAAAGCUGUCUUGGUCAGCGUUCCGCGCGGAACGCCCGUCGAGGAUGCGCUGCUUGUUGUAGAGGCCGACGCGCGUCGACUGGGGACACACUGCUCGGACAUGUACUUCCAGGAGAUCAACGCCACAGGGACGUGGGCGAACAAGGUGCGGCCUGGAGGCUUUCACUUCGACGCUCACGACGCGCGUGACGAGACGCCGAAGUGGCUGAAACUCGGGCUUGUGGAGCUCAAAGUCGGCAGCGGUCACACCGACAAGGGGCAGCCGUAUCUGAACGUCUACGUCAAGAACCUUCAGCGCACUGGGUAUCGUGUCGGAGGGCUGCUGGGAGAGGAUGACCACACGGAGGCGGCGGCGCCUGAGAAAGGGUGCCAGAAGAUGUUGUCCCUCGAGGCGCGGUUGUAUGGUCAAGCUUCGGAUCUAAAGGGUUCCGUCGCAAUUGGCUACUGAGCCGAGGGCUCCCAGCUCCGCGCGGGGCGGUCGAGCCCGCCCAAGAACUCUGCCUUGUAGAGCUCGCCGCUCGUCGCGGGAGCGAUUGUCCGGACAGCCUGCCCGCCCGCAAGGGGUGAAUUGGUGUGUCCCGCCGACAUUUACGUCGAAUUCCAGAGACCUAUAGGGAUCUGCGACGACAGAGCGUACAUAUGUACAGUGUCCUGCUGUGACAGAGCGCAUCCUCUCUUUCUCCUGUUCUUCCCCUGCGGUCUCCUCCUCGCCCUCCUCCCUAGCGUGCUGCCGCUUGUUUGAAUCGAUGUCAAGCGUGUGCGCGCCUCGACUCCGUGGAACCGCGUUCGGCCGUCUCCGUUGCAAAAAAAAACAUGGUACGAGCGACGUGCCCAGGCCACACGAAGGGAGUAUCUCACAUGGCGGUCCCGAGCUGGAACCACGUGUUCUCACGUGUCCAGGCCACCCAG